CCUUUGUAAGUCUGUCAGUUACGUUCGUUUGACUCGUAUUUAUCCUGAGUGGAAUCCGGCGAAUUUAUGUUUUAACCGAACAAAUUAUUUAUAUGAAGGUUAUCGUCAAAUAAUCAAAUAUGAAAACGGCGCCCGAUCCAAAAGACGUCCAGGAAUUUCAAUUUAAACAAUCUCACACGUCCCAAAUUUUAAAUGCUUUUGAAUCCAUACCAAUUGCAUGCAGCUUAUUGGUCGCAGAUAAGAAAAGGGGUUUAUUAUACAUAGGUCAAGACAAUAAAAUAAACAUUUUAAAGCCAGGAGAGGAUAGCGAUCCGGAAUGGAGCAUAGAAGUACAAAUACCGGUAGCCAUAUCUAAGUUGACCCUUAGUUGUGAUUGUUCCUAUUUAGCAGUGGCACCGCACAGGCCGUCGAUUUUAAUUUACAAUGCACAGGCGCUCGUUAGAAGUAAUUUACAAUUAUUACACGAAAUUAGAAUUUCCUCGUCUAGCGCAGAGGUCUUUGUGAAUGAUCUACAAUGGAACCCAACAAUCCCAGGAAUGUUGUGCACCGUGGCCAGCGAUUACACCAUUGGAAGUUUCCAAAUAAAAGAGGAAAAAGAAAAGACAAUAGAGUUGAAAGCUUUAGAGAAAUUAAAUAACUUAGACGUAUUAUGCGCCGUAUGGAGUCCUAAAGGGAAACAAGUAGUCGUGGGUUGCAAGAAUGGAAAUAUCGUACAACUGAAACCCGACUUGAAAGUAGCUAGAACAAUUCCCGGUCCAAGCCCGUAUAUCGGCGAAGUUAUUUCUAUUUUAUGGAUCAGCAAUUAUCAAUUCUGCGCCGCUUACUUAGGCAGCGAGCAGAGGAUAAACGUUCUUAUAAUCGACGCGCCUAAAGGCGAAACAAAUGCCAUUUUUACGUGUUACGAAGAUAUCACAUACGGAAUGUCGGACACGGUAGGAGAAGCAAUGAUUCCACGUUAUUAUUUUGAUCACGUGCCGGAAUGGGGUUUGAUUAUCGCUGCUAGUAGUAACAGCAGCGAAAUAGCUGUAUUGGGAUCUACGGAUAAAGGAGCUACUUGGAACCAGUGGCAAUUGAUCGACAGUGGCAGAGCCGAAUUGCCAUUGAUCUGUACCAAGGAAAGCUACCCAGUAGGAUUGGCUAUAGACAAAACUCCCGUUCGAAAGUUACCAUGGGGUGCAGAUUCUAUUUUACCUAAUCCAGUACCCAUACUGCAUAUUCUCGCGACAUCCGGGCAACUAUGCAGUUUUCAUAUGGUGAAUCUAGCACCGAAUUGUCCUGUUAUUAAUACUCCAUCCACUGAAAUUGUUACACCUCCGCCAAUGGCACAAUCACACGUUCCCUUGGAAACACCUCUUAUCAUGAACGGUGCAAUAACGAGUACUCCGCGACCCAAGCAACCAGAAAACGUUUCCGAACGCCCGAAGCCACCUCCCGUGGGAAACCUUUGCGAUAAAUUUCUCAAAGGAAGCGGUUUCUUCGUACAGUCUCCGCCCGAAAAACCGAAGCAACAGGAGCAGAAGUUUGAGAGCCCUGGCAUGGAAAUGAAAAUGGAACCGGCUAAAGAAACUCAUGUACAGGAACCCGUGAAACAAGAUAUUAAAAUAAUACCACCUAAAGAAACGAUCCCACAGAAACCUGUGGAACAAAAACCGUCCGUAGAGGACGAUAGCAGAGAUAUUCGUGCAUAUAUAGAAGAACAUAAUUUGUUCGAGAAGGAAUUGCGUAACAGAUUGGAGCCGCAUACUUGGGAAUGCGGCACAGAGGAAGAACGUCAUAAACUUAUAGACACGUCUAUCAUAAUAGAUCAAUUUUUACGAGAUUUAAGGGAUACAACGAAUAGUUUGUCCAGCGAUAUUGCGUACUUGAAAGCGUUGCUAUUGCAAUCGUUUGCUUGGGUCGAAGAAACCAAGUCGAAAAAUUCAGCUUCCAUCGAUAUCGUCAGUAGAAACUGCGGUGAUAGUAAUAAGAUAUCCGAUCUACAGAAGUUAUACUAUUAUACUCAAACGCAACUCACUCAAGCUAGUAAAAUAUUAGAUUUAGAAUGGUCGGAUAGUAAAUCUCAAGAAAUGUCGCAAAUGAAAAUUCCCCAUUUGGAGUUUGUGUAUCAGAAUCUUAUACUGCAUAAUAGGAUCAUUCAAGAGGAGAAAAGCAAAUUAGAGCACCUUAAAAAACGAUGGAAAUUAAUUAUUUGUAACAACAACAUUUUUGGAUUGAAUCGAUCGUUGUCGAAUUUAAGUAUAACGUCGACCAAAUCCUCAACUUCUCUUUUAAGAAACGGAGGAAUUAUAGAAGCACGCUGCAAAGCUAUUGCUACCAAAACGUUGAGCUUCACUCAAGGAAAGCAAAUUAAAUUAAGGGAACAUUUGUCUGCAUCCGUGCCGCGAGUUAUAAAGCCAGUUAAUCCUUCGCCUAUCCAGCACCGUUUGGAAGCAACUCUGUCGUCUUUAGCUUCUCUCGACACUACACCCGUUGAUGUUAAAAACAAGGUAGAACAACCUAUUUCAAAGCAUACUCUAAUUGCUAAACAAUCCACCGAAGAACCAAAAGUACAGAGUCAUUUAGACUCGUUGAACAGUAUUGUAGCGAGAAUUGGUGCAAACGAAACGAGCAAUGUACCGAUGAAGAGCAAAGUACAAACCAAACAACCUGUUUUCCCCAUUGUUUUUCCAUCUACAACCGGAAGCAAACCCAUACAAGUAGAAAUAAAACCAAAUGCACCGGUAACUACCGCAGUGGCUAAAUCAAAACAAGACGCCAUCGUAUUUAAUCAAGUUAAUACUUCUAAUCAUAAUGUGUCUAAUUUAAUGAAAUCGUUUCCCAAAGUUGAUUCCAUCACAUUUGGCACUCCGGUACAAAAAUCUGAAGAGGCUCAGAAAUUGGUACCCAAAGAGUUUGGAGCCAAACUGGGCAAAGAAAUCAUGCCGGGUGGAGAUCCUUUCAAGGUAGAAGCUAAUAUAUUUGCUACCGGUUCGUUGAAAGAUGCAUUGUCGUCGGACGUAACGUCGGAAAAGGUACAAGAGAUUGCUCCAACCGCGUCGCUAAAGUUUGGAGCGACAAUAACGCAAACGACAGCGGUGAAAACCGACGCGGCAUCUACGUUUAGUUUUGCUACUCCGAUCCCUUCGAACGUGUAUAGUACUUCGCAGAAUGUCGCGCCACAAACUAAUGCUCCGUUCAAUUUAAAGGCAACAUCACCGACGGUGGCGGCUCAAACACAAGAAUCGUUACAGUUAACCGGGUUCUUCAUGGGACAACAGGCUAAUCAAACGUCCAGCGUGCCUACCAGUAGCCCAACCGCUGAAGGAAAAUACAACUACAAACCUACAUUCGGAAUGUCCAAUUUUCAGACAUCGUUGGGACAAAUUUCCAUCAGUCUCGCGAGCGCGACACCUCCGAAAGAGACUGUCACAACUACGGCGUCGCUUACCAUUGAGAAGACACCCUCGACCGAAUCGAAAGUCUCUAUUUUUCCAACGAGCACUGUACACGCUCUGCCCGCGACUUCCGCCGCACCUUUAUUCGGCAAUCAAACGAAUGUUUCUAUAUUUGGAGGAAUGCCGAGUUCCACCGGACACCUACCAGUCGCCACUACUAGCACUGCUUUCGGUCCUCGGGCAAUGCCUCUGUCAAUGCCAAUGUUCGGUGGUUUCAAGGCUACUCCCGCAACAACCGUAACGACAACCACGGUCCCGACAAGUUCCAACGCAGUGCCUCUGUUUCAAAAUACUUUACCGAAACCUACAUUCGGGGAACCCGUGGCAAGUUUGCCCCCGGCAAGCUCCGUUAGCCCCAACAACAGUACUCCGUCUACGCAUGCUUUGGGUAACGUGACAACUACCACUUCAGCUACAUCAGUUUUUGGCAAACCUGCUCUUGCGAUGAACCCACAGUUUCCAAGUACACCGGUAGUAUCUUCGACCGCCAAUACCUUUGGAAAACCGGUUAUCAAUCCUCCUUCGAUGCCUUUCGGUAAUUCCCCGAAUACGUCGAUAUUCGGUAAUAUGCCGACAACUUCGGCGAACACUUCGAUAUUUAGUGGUAACAGUACCGGUUCGAUCUUUGGCGCGAAGACUCCAGCAUCCUCUGCUGGUUCCAUCUUCGGAGGAAACACAUCUCCGAUGAGCACAUUUGGUACGCCCCAAAAAUCCAUUUUUGAAAAUAACGCUCCGAAGUCUGACUCGAUAUUCGGCGCGACGCCGAAUGCAGGAGCCACGACAUCUUUCUUUGGUGGCGCUGCGAGCAAUGCUACACCAGGACCGUCUUCGCCUGGAUCUCCAUCCGUAUUUGGCGGCGUUGCCCAGCCUGCUUUUGGACAAGCGCCUGCGUUCGAUUCCAAACCGGUAUUUGGAUCGGCAUCUUCGUUCGGAGCCUCGAAACCACUUUUUGGCGUUGGAUUCGGCACGACAGCGUUUGGAGCUGCUGCAGUACCUCCGGCGUUUGGAGGUCCAUCGACGUUGGGAGGAAGUCCUCCUCCGAUGGACAACACGUCGAAAGUGUUUGGAAGCGUAGGGGGUAGUAAUACGUUUGAAUCUUUGGCCAGCCAACCGGGUGGUCUUAGUUUUAGCAGCCUGGCCCAAAAGAGUCCAGAAGCGGAGAAGCCUCCAGCGUUCACUGGCGGAAGCUCUUUCUCCAGUUGGCGGUAGUCUAAAAAUAUCCAACUUACAUUGUAAUUAGAUCGUCCUUGAAUACGAAUUAUUUUUAUAUAUAAAAUGAAAAAGAGAAAAGAAAAUGGCAUAGUUUCAGUAUCCU